UUUCUUGGAACCAAACAAACAACAAUGGCUACACCUGCCCUGGUUCUAGCAUUUGUCAUAAGUGCAGUCGUCCAUCACACUUCAGCCACCGCUCCUUCGCUCGUUACCUUCAUCUUCGGUGACUCUUUAACAGAAGUGGGCAACAAUAAUUACUUGAGAUACUCUCUUGCUAGAUCAGAUUUUCCAUUCUAUGGUAUUGAUUACAGCAACGGAAAACCCACCGGCCGCUUUAGUAAUGGCAGAACCAUCGGUGAUAUCAUAUCUGAAAAGCUUGGAAUUCCAUCUCCACCGCCUUAUCUUUCUUUAAACCCGACCGACGAUGCGAUCUUGAAAGGGGUUAACUACGCAUCUGGUGGCGCUGGAAUUCUAAAUGACACCGGGCUCUAUUUCAUUCAAAGACUGUCUUUCGAUGAUCAAAUAGAUUACUUUGAGAACACAACAAAGGUGAUCAAGGCGAAAGUUGGAGAACAAGCUGCAAACAAGCUUUUAAAUGAUGCCAUCUACUUCAUUGGAAUGGGCAGCAACGAUUACGUCAACAAUUUCUUGCAGCCAUUCCUACCCGAUGGUCAACAAUACACCCACGACGAAUUUCUAGCCCUUCUUCACUUGAAGUUAGCAGAACAGUUUACGAGGCUUUACGUGCUCGGGGCGCGAAAGAUGAUUUUUCAUGGACUUGGACCGCUUGGAUGCAUUCCUUCACAGCGAGCAAAAUCAACAACGAAUCAAUGUUUACAUCAAGUAAACGAAUGGGUGCUUGAAUUCAACUCGAAAGUGAAGAAAUUGGUAAACGUUCUCAACUACAGGCUCAAAAACGUGCAACUUACUUUCGCGGACACUUACCAAGACGUUCUUGAUUUGAUCAAUGACCCUUCUAAAUAUGGUUUCAAGGUAUCGGAUACAUCGUGCUGCAGGGUGGACACGGCGGUAGGAGGAUUGUGUUUAUCGUAUGCACACGUGUGCACCAAUCGAAAAGAGUACGUGUUCUGGGACGCUUUUCAUCCAUCCGAUGCUGCGAACGCGAUUUUAGCCGAUCGUUUCUUUGCGAAACUAUUCCCUGUAGCAGCUGGAGCUGCCCAAAAUGGUUCUGCACCCAAACAUUGAAGGCUAGCUAGUACAAAAGUAAUAUAUCAUGUUACAAUUAUGCACGAUGUUAAUUUGGUGCUUGUUUUAAAUUAAGGAGAGGUCUUAUAUAUUAAUUAAUUUAGUGGGAUAUAUAAC